AAACAGUCGGUGUGAACAAAGCUGCAAGGCAGUAAUCAUUUACUCAAUAGACGUCUUUCGGCCGGUGCGUGUGACUUUAUAACGGUUAAAAAUUACUUUUAAUUUCAUAUUUAGUUAAUAAUAUUAUUAAUUUACAGUUACAUAACUUGUUGCAAUAUUAUUGAAAAUGUGGCAAGCAAUUUGGCGACUUUUCCAAAUUUUACUAUUGGCGCAUACGUCCUAUGCCAACAGCAAAAAUUUGCUAACUGUAUAUGAUGUGAAACAGUUUGGUGCCUCACCUGUUGCCAUCACCAGUGCGCCCUGGCAGGUUUCAGUGCGUUUGCAGGCAUAUGAGGGUAUACAGUUGGGUGAGGGGCAUUGGUGUGGCGGUGCGGUUAUAACAACGCGUGUGGUACUCACCGCAGCGCAUUGUCUCAUCUAUCCCAACAAAACACAACCGAUUUAUCGUGUUCCAAGCGAUUUCAUAAUCUACAUGGGUUCGGUGCAUCUGCACGAGGUUACACCGUAUACGUUGCACUACAAUGUGCAGGAGUUAGUGCCGCAUCCAGAUUUUAGUUUAACACCGUUACAAAAUGAUUUGGGUCUACUUUUCAUAGCCGGCAUGGUACCAGCGAAUUAUCCAACCGCAGCACCCUUAGCACUCCAACAGUUGGCCUUGAAACCGGGUCUUAACUGCAGUGUGACUGGUUGGGGUAUAACGGGGAAGCGUAUAAAUUGGCCUAUACUAUUGAGUGCUACUAUUCCGAUUGUCGACUUGCAGCAAUGCAACAAUAGUUUUCACGGUGGAAUCACGCAAGGCAUGCUUUGUGCCGGCGGCAAUCUAACCAAUAACGACACGAUUGCCUUUCUAGGCGACUCUGGUGGCCCUUUGGUUUGCAAUGGCAAAUUGAGUGGCGUUCUUUCGUGGGAUAGUGGCUAUCCCGGUGUCUACACAAACGUCUCCGCUUACUAUAACUGGAUAUUAGCAACGAAUACCACAUUCAAUUACGCGCGUUAUGGCGGCGCAAUGGGCUUAAAGUUGGCGCCUCAGCAAAUCGUGUUGGGUAUUUUCUGUUUGCUGACUGCUUUGCUGUGGUCGCAAGCGGUUUAUGCUAAAUAGGGUCUCACGGGAUGUUUUGUUGGGAUUUAUUUGUUGUUUAUUGGUGUGAUGCUUACAGUUAGCUAAUGGUAUUAUUUUUGCUAUUUUUAGGUUAUUGUUCGAUGAAAGUUUUCUCAUAAAUA